GAGCCGGUGGGGUGUUCGUACUCCUCGCCUCCGCGAGUUGCCGCCACGGGACGCACAGGAGCUCUGAGUUCGGUGCGUCCUGGGCUAGGCAGUCGGGUUCGGUUUUCCUUUGUCCGGCUGUGUUGCGGGGAGGGCACGGCACCCGGAUUCCUCGUUGCAGAGGAACAGCUGGCCGGGUCGAGGGGACUCCUGCGCUGACCAUCCGCCCGUCGUCCCCGCAGGCAGCCAGCCCGCCGUCAUGGCCGACCACCUGAUGCUCGCCGAGGGCUACCGCCUGGUGCAGAGACCGCCGCCCGCCGCGCCCGCCCAUGGUCCCCAGGCGCUCCGGACGCUGCAGCCGUUCGCGGGCCAGGGCCUGGACAGCGGGUUGCGGCCACGGGGGGCUCCGCUGGGCCCGCCUCCGCCCCCACCCGGGGCCCUGGCGUACGGGGCCUUCGGGCCGCCGCCUGCUUUCCAGCCCUUUGCGGCCGUACCGCCGCCAGCCUCCGGCAGCGCGCACCUGCAGCCGGUGGCGACGCUGUACCCCGGCCGCGCGACCGCGUCCCCUGGCGCCUCGGGAGGUCCCCUGGGCCUGCAGCCGGCGCCCGGAGCCCCGGCCCCGCCACCGCCCGUGCACGCCCUGGGCGGCAUGGACGCCGAACUCAUCGACGAGGAGGCGCUGACGUCGCUGGAGCUCGAGCUCGGGCUGCACCGCGUGCGCGAGCUGCCGGAGCUAUUCCUGGGCCAGAGUGAGUUCGACUGCUUCUCGGACUUGGGAUCCGGGCCUCCCGCCGGCUCUGUGAGCUGCUGAGCGCGGCCCACCGUCUACCUGGUGCGCCCGAGAAGAGAACGGAGUCUGACCUCCCUCAGACUGCUCACCCAACGCCUGGGCCCCGCACCCUCCGUGAGGGUUGAGGCAGCCGGCUGGUGCACCGAGUUACCGCCAGCUGGGACACUUGGUAUCACUCCAGGCCCUGCCUCCUGCAGAAUGACAGUUUGGCAUCACCUCUAUGACCCGAAGCCUCAGCUGGUAAAAUGGGCACUGGACCCCCUUUCCGACUCCAUGUUCUUGGAUUCUGAGUCCUCUCCUCUCCACUCUCCCCCACCACAAUCCCCCAAUCUGAGCCAUUCCAGGCUUCUGCCUGAGCCCCCCUCUCCUUAUGCAACCUACUGCAGUCACUAGGUCCCUGGAGCUGCCCAUCCACUGGGGCCUCUGCCCCCACUGCCUGGGCCCUGAGGUCUCUGGGCCUCCCGCCUUGGGAGGGGAAGAUUGUACAUACACCCCCUAACCC